AUGGCUGAUUCACUGACCGAAGAGCAAGUCUCGGAAUUCAAGGAGGCGUUCUCUCUAUUCGACAAAGAUGGCGAUGGGCAAAUCACCACAAAAGAGUUGGGAACCGUCAUGAGAUCACUUGGUCAGAAUCCAUCAGAAUCCGAGUUACAGGAUAUGAUCAACGAGGUUGAUGCAGACAACAAUGGCACAAUCGAUUUCCCUGAGUUCCUCACAAUGAUGGCGCGCAAGAUGAAAGACACUGAUUCAGAAGAGGAGAUCCGGGAGGCUUUCAAGGUGUUUGAUCGCGACAACAAUGGCUUCAUUUCAGCUGCUGAACUGCGUCAUGUCAUGACAUCAAUUGGUGAGAAACUCACCGAUGAUGAAGUGGAUGAGAUGAUCAGAGAAGCCGAUCAGGAUGGUGAUGGACGUAUUGACUACAACGAGUUCGUACAAUUGAUGAUGCAAAAAUAG